AACAAGCGUCCCAGAGACAACGGGGAAAACAUGUCACUAAUGUGCAGGCAAGAGCAAGAUGUCCACACUCGGCGAAAGAUGGCACGGUAGUCCAUCUCUUCCCUAUACACCGGGAAGAAGGGUUCAAUACGGCGUAAGCCGUCACUGAUUCUUAGAAACCCAACUGAAGGAAGAAGAGAAUUGGUAAUAUUUCAAUGUAUUUCUGUGAGUUAUGUAAAUUCAUAACUUAUAACACGUAUACCAAAGAAGAAAGCAUAACUCAUAUUGAGAGACGUGUGUUCAGAAUUGAAGGCCAUUCUCUAAUUCAUUCUGCAAAUCACAAGUGACAAGGAAUGUGAAGUUGAAAACUCUUUACUUUAAUACACAAGUAGUAACGGAGGACAUGUCCCAAGAGAACUUAAGGACAGUGGAACACCACAGUAGGCCUACUAUCCCAUGCUAGACAGGUCCAUCUCACACACAUGUAGCUGUCCAGCCUAUAUUUCAAGCUACCCAAAGUUUUCCUCACUGACGCUACAAUUCUAUUGCUACACUAAUACUUCUUUUCGACCCUUGAUGCUGGAGAGGGGCUCUUGAUCUGGGAAAUUGGAUCUGUGCUCCAGAUCCCUGAAUCGAGCCUGAAUACUUUCCAUCACUCCCCCCCACAGAAUUGGUAGCAAAAACGGCAUCAAAAUGUUAGGCAUUUUAAGACCUAUCGGCAGGUCGAAUCAUCAAUGUACUCUGCAGUUUCUCUCGUGGCUGUCAUCCAGAGGUGGUGGAGGGGCAAGGAGUUUGUCACCACAUUUUAUUCCUCCUCCAAGGUUAAACUGCCAUAGCCUUCACACAACUCGUAACAUUGAGCAGAGCUCAGGAAGGGAUCCACCACCAUCUAGAAUGAAAGUAUUUUACAUUCCAAAUCCUUUGAAAUGGCUCCAUAAUCGUAUGACUAUUGCUACACUUCAGAGAGAAUGGGAUUCCAGUUUUGAUGAAAUUUCUUUUAAGUUUGGAGCUACACAGGCUGUGUGUACCGUUACCGAGCAUAUUAGUAGACGAGAUUGGGGCGAACUCUGUGGACUUCUGACUCAAAAAGCCAUUGAUAAAAUUCGCAAUACAAAGUGGACUCAUGACCAGGUCAACAACCUUGUUCUUUCUACUGAAAAUAUUCAAGUGACACAAGUGAACAAUGUAUCGCUACAGACAGUUGUUGAUCGAAAGUACUGUGACAUUGAUGUUACUAUAAUAGGAACUCGCAUCCCUUACAACAUUGAAAAGCAUUCACUGAUUGUUCUGGAAUAUUUUGCUAGGUUUCAUCGAGAAUAUACUGAAGGCAAGCUUCCUGAAUGGACUAUUACUGUAUUUAGACUCCAGAACUUCCAGGCAAUAUCAAGAAGAGAUACAGACAGAGAGUGAAUGACUGUUUUAGAUCACCGUCCUUGAGGAAUAUGCCCAAUAUGCUAAACUAUGUAUAUAACAUACGUGUAACAUUUAAAUUAAAAAAUAGCAAGAUGAAGAAUUAUUAUUCUCAAAACUCUGAAGCCAUAUGGGUCAUUCAGUGUUGCAGUGUGGGUGAAAAUGUAAGUGUGAUGUGCUGUGGGAAGAAAGUCAGUGGUUAGGAAAUUUUGAACCAAGAGAAUAAGUGUUUAAAAAUAGUGUACUGUAGAAGCAGCAAAAUGUGAAGAAUGAUACAUAUUUUAAGUUGUAUUUGAACAUUUUUAAUAAUUUUUUAUCACAGUGUAAUUAAUCUACAUUUUCCUCAAUGAUGGAGCAGUGCUAAAUGCAUAGGGGGGGUCACACAGUGCCUGGGAGGCAUUCAGGUUCAAUCUAAGGAAGGGGAGGCUAAGUCCAGUUCCUUGGAUCAAUAGCCCCUC